UCAGCCUUCGAAGAUUUUCCAGCUUCCAAAUAGCCUGUUAGCGUUUUAACAAGAGGUUGAACUCUGAAUAAAAUUACAUCUUUAAAAAAGUAAAGAAUCAAAAUAAGUAUUAUUAGCGCCAACAAGUUAACAGAUACCAUAUAGUCAAAGUUAACUUUCAUUAUAACAACAACAAUGAAAAUAUCGUCAACAACUCCAUCAACAAGAGCAACAAGAACAACAACAUCUGCAACUUUGAGAAUAGUGGAAGCAGCACAGAAGAGACAAAACAGUUAGUUGCUGUCUUUCACAACUAAAUUUUGAAGAAGAGUUAUUCGUUAGUUACACAUCUUUUAUCUCUGUUUGCGAAGGUGCAUUAGCUUUCAUUUCCCACUGGGUAUUCCUUGAAAUUUGUUUCAUAAAUAUUAAUGUCCGGGCUCUAAUAACCUCGUCUAAGAAAAAAAAUUGAUGUGGAUUUAAAACCUCUCUAGUGUGUUGUUCACCCAUGGAAAUGAAGGAAUAUUUGCCAAGAUAAUUUUAUCGUCUUUACUUUAAUUAAAAUGUACACAAGAUAGAGCAAAAGUAGAAGAGGAGAAACACGUCUUAAACAUUCUAAAUUCCUUAUAUGGGUGGACGUUUCCGCCACCUAAAAGAGACUACUGAUUCAAAAAAAUAUCUAUUUUAAUUUGAAAACUGCUUUGUGUGCUAAGGUUUUCAUUGUGUUACAAACUUAAUCAUUCUCCUAAAUAUUGAUAACAAAAUAAGUGCCAGAAAAAAACGCCAACGUUUUAUAUGCAUGUGUUUAAACUAAACAGAAAGCAUCAUUUAUAUUUCAAACAUCAAGCUUUGAAAGUCACCAAACCUUAGCAGCCAGUUUCUCUCUAAUUCUACUUUUGAAAUCAGACGACCGCCAUCUCCUUCAAUCGCAAAUAUCUCACCUUCUAUUAUUUUCGCGCUUGUAUUGGGGAGCACAAAUAUUGUUGGAAUGGACACGUAUUAAAAUUCAAAUGACUGGAGAAUAUUGUUGUCUCAGCGGUGAACAAUGCUAUAUUACGAUAUUGUUUUCAGACAGAUUGGAAAACAGAGAGCCGUCACAAAUACCUUGCAAAACUUGGACUUAAAGUUAAAUGUGCUCAAUAGUAUUUUGUUUACGAGCCUCUGGUUUCGUGUAGAACACCAGCCCUUUUUUUCUCUUAGAUUUUGGACAUCUUUCACUGAGGAGCAGAGGACACAAAACUGCCAUGAGUUGUGGUGGCUGGUGGGAAUAAACAGAUUCCCACUUGUGAGAAUCAAUAGAUAGCUUCGUUUUUAUGACAACAUCGCACAGAUGCUGGAAUGUCACGUCGUAUCACUAUUUUCGCCUUGGUGUCAUUCAAGUAGGCAUGGCAAAGCACCUUCUCACAGGGCCAAUAUCUUUUGUCAAACCUUAGAAAGCAUACUAACGCGAAGUGGUCAUCAGUAAUUAGUCCAGAUGUGAAUCUUACAGAUAUGUCAAGGCCAUGAAAUAGCAGCGUAAGAUACGCAGCAUUGCUCCCAGUCCAGACGCUUUGUUUGCAACUCUCUGUGGCAUUUGAUAUAAAAUCACAGACAAUUAUUAUUAUGUUAAAAAUUUAAUACAGUUCGUGCCCGAAUCGAUUCGUGCUCUACUCAAGACCAGUGUCUUUUAUUAUUAAACAAAAAACUAACGAGCACAUGUAAUGUAUAAGCAUUAAUAUAUGAAACUGUAUGGCAUAUAUAAUUUGAAUAUCACAAUCACUACAGCCGAAAACUGCCACAAGCACAACCAUCAUCACUGUCCCUAUCAAGCCACAGUAUAACAAUCCCGGCCAGUUCCCUAUCGCCAUGGUCUCUACCAAUAUCAAUUGUGCCUGAAAGCGUGCAAAAAUGUUUUGGUGUAACGCUCCCUAACGCCCCCCACCCCCCUCCCCUUGCAACACUGUAAGAUUAUUUAAAAAGUAGGACCUCCAAAUUCAAAAACAAUCUCCAAUAGGACUGAACGAAAUUGGAAACAUCGUAUAAAGCUCCUUUUCCAAGGACACAAUGUCGAACCAAGAAGAGCCUCAAACACCUGAACUCGCGACAUCACGAUUUCGAGUCCUCUAAGCUUUAGAAUUUGGUACGACCAACAUCAAUAGUAUAUUGCGACUAAUUUCACGAUCACGGUAAGUUAUGAAUAAGAUCAUUAUCAUGGCGCCAGAAAUGAGACGCAGGACAAAUAUAACAACCUCAAACAGCUUUACGCAUAGCGCUUCUGCGACCAAACACAUUGUCCUCACCAGCAUUGCUAACAUGACUUUUCACACGUGUCCACCGACAGGAACUUUUGCAAUCUGUACUAAGUAAGGCUGAAAUAACUAUUUAUUCCCCUAACCCGAUCUCUCGACUCCCCACUACCAACACACAGACCCAUAAAACACACAAAUACACACACACACCAAACCAACACCUGCUUUGUCUUGUUUUCUUUAUUCCUUUCACAUUUUUUCUCCAUCUGCUCCUUAUUUUUCUGUAAGGAAAUCUCUCUUCCAUCAAUUGGCCUUCGCGUAAGCUUGGACGCUCGACAGUGGAGCGGCACACACGCGCAUUCACUCGCACGCUCAGCCAAUCGCCUAUCGCGUAUUUUUCACUCGCCCUCAAACAGGGUGGAAAGUGAGGAACGGUAGCGCCUAGAGGGGACACUGGUGGACAUACAGAGACAGCGCGGCCUGGCCAUGCAGCGACAAUCUGGGCAUGGAGCUAACUAGCAGGAGCUGAGGCGUUUGUUGCUUCUAUUAGAUUCUGUUAGCCACAAUCUCACAUCAACGAAGGUGACGUCAUCUGAUCGUGAUGACGUCAUCACCAGAGCUGGGCCAUGAGCAGGACGUGCAGCACUUGUUUCGCGCCAUUCGGAAGGGCAAGGCUCACCUGACCCGCUUUAUGCUGGCCGCGUCCAACAACGCACUGCUCAACUGUUGGAGCAGCGAGGGCCGCACGCCACUGAUUGAGUGCUGUUAUAUUCGGGAGGAGGUGACACGUGACAAUAUGGUACGCAUCAUCAAAGAGGCGGGGGCCGACGUGAACAUGAGGGACAGGAAUGGCCGCACGCCUCUCAUCCAUGCAUGUGAGCAGAGAUGCAACGACUUGGUGAGGAUCUAUAUACAGCACGCAGACAUAAGUCCCGAUUUGGAGGAUCUCAACGGUAACACGGCUCUCAUCCAUUCAGCCUACAUCGGAAACGACGUGGCUCUCGAGCUGUUAGUUCGGAACUUUCGUCGCCUCGGUCUCCAGGUCGAUCACUUCAACCACGAAGGCUACACAGCACUUCACAUUGCGGCUAAGAACGGCUUUUUGCAGUGUGCACGGAUCCUGGCGUUGAAAGGAAAGGCUUCUCUCACACUGAAAGACAAAGUCAGCCAACUCACCCCUCUAGAGUGGUGUCUGAGCGAAGGGUAUCAGAAGUCCGAGGUAGAGUUUCUGAAACCGUCAGCCAAAUUUUAUAGGGUGGCUAAACUUACAACUACCAUGGCCAAGUAUCGGAAAAAAUCUUCAGGGGGGGAAAGUAUGUCAUCACAAAUCUCCCAUCAGUUUUCUUCACCUGCGAAACCUUUGGAGAAGGCCAAGCAGAAGGGGAAGGUGAAGGGUGUCCUAAAGAGGUCAAAAGCUGCUAGUAAAGAGGAGAAUGACAUCGUUGCUGUGGGUGCAGGUUGUGUGCCACGUCAGAGAUCUACAGCUUCAUCUUCCAGCGGUACGGGGAAGAAACAGUCGAAACGACACGAUGAUCAGUUGACAACAGUUAACAAGUCAUCCAUCCCAGCCAGAGGUGCAGAGACAAAAGCAGGGAAUGACAAACAACAUGUUCCAGAUUCCCCAACAAAACUCACUCAACGAAAGAGAAAUGGACAUGUUGAGAAGCAGAAAAGCCUCCCUAUUUUGCAGGUACGUAACAAGCAGCACAGUAAAGACUCCGCGGCCCGCAGCCCGAACUUGCAGAGAAGCGGGACUGAAGUUGAAGCCAUUAUUCAGUCCUCCAAAUGUGUACAGAAAGUAGAAACACACCAAAGGACAUAUAAUCUACCAUACGCUGGGGAAACAGACACAGAAGAUUCAGACAAGUCUCUAACAUUGCAAAGUUUUCGUCAGAGCGAACAAGUGUCAGAGACUAGCGAGAGUGACCCAUUCGGUUACGAUGCCCCUAGCACAAGUGAGGACAGGAGCGGAGACAGCAACACAAAAUCAACAGAGGAAGAGCAGUUGAUCUCAAACAGCUUUAGCACUUCCGUUUCUCUCGGUGGGACGGAUGCCUUUUCUUCCUCUGACAGAGCGGACGACGACGAAGACGAAGAUUCGGGAAGUGACUCGCCGGAAGAAGCAGAGGACAGCCCUGACUUCAGUUGCGAAUCGGAAACUUAUAACACUAUGAUAGAAAGUGUUUGCAGCGAGGUUGGGGGAUGCAGGGCCGUGCAAAAUCGACAGAGAACGCCUUGGCCUCGAGACAAAGGGGACUUGAGCCCCGGGUCUCCGGACACUCAGAGCUCAAAUCCUGAACAUUUGGUUGUUACAGACCCUUGCCAGUCCACACAAGAGGCCCCUGUGUCUCUCUCGCCGUCAGUUCACGGGAUCCACUACAAAAAAGACGGCGAAUGCAAAAACAAACAUCUUGGAAACACAACAGUGACUCACGAACAUCGCACUCCCCUGCAUGGAGCGACGGGUGGGCGAUCUCAGAUUCCAGACACCUGUUCUCAGAACACUUCUGCUGGUGAAUACAGACAGAGUGCUACUUCCACAGCUCUGAGUGAUGGCACGCCAACGGUUUUGCAAGAACCUUCUGGCUUUGGUCAAAUGGACUCGAGAGAAGAAUCGCGUGACAGCUUUCGAAGUUCUUCUGAGUCUUCAUCAUCAGCCACCACACAAUUCACAGAAAUUCCAACAUCUCAAAGGGAAGCCGUAGCCACCUCUAAAGGUGGCAGUCACAACCUGACGCCCCCUAGAAAAUACGUAGCAACUUGCCAAACCAACACCACCAACGAGCCUGACCUUAGCAUUGUGGUGAAAAACUCACUUCACGAACUAAACGACAGAAUUCUAUUGAUGGCUGAAACGGCGUCUGAUCACGGCUUCGUAGUUGAAAGUAAGUUUUUGGCGGCUGCUUCGUCUGGAAAAAGCGUCCCUGGCGUCACAGACAGACGCCAAAGCCAUCAAUCGGAUGUCAGCUCUUCGAGCUCGGCCGCUGAAACUGUCGUCUGCUAUCUUGAUCAUGAAAGUCCGACACCAGACAGUUCAACAACCUCGUAAAUAUACAGAUGAAAUUAGAAGCAGGCUCUGGGGCACUUCUGGGAUAGCGAGGCUGUCAGUGUUUAUAAUACAAGUUUUAAAAAUUUGGGUAUAAACAGAAGAUUCAUAAUGCCUUUCUUUCCGAUGUAUUGGUUCCUUGUAUUAUAUAAAGAAAAAGAGUCUUUUCAGCUAUAGGUAAAUUGGGCAAAAAAAUUGAUUCUGUCAGAAAAAGCUUUAAAAACACCGAUUCACAGCAAACGAAACCGUCAAGGAUAUCUAUGUCAAAUGUGAAAACCCUUUGUUUGAAAUUAGUAUUCUUACAGACAUUGUGAUCAUAGCAAGUUGUUCUGAUGAAACUGUACAGACGUCAGUCUACCAGUGCGUCCUUCCAUCAGUGGUUUAGAUUUUGCGUCAUUAGGCAUGAGGUUCUAUUGGAAACCUCAGAUCGUGAACACCGAUUAGGGAACGUUGGAAAAAAGUCAUUUAUUGUAAACCAUGUAGCAUAUUCUAUUCCCAGUGUGCGUGGAAUGUUAUGUAGUUUGUGUGUACAUAAAGAAAACGUAACGCCGGCGCUGGGACUCUGUCGUUACCAGUACCAGACAAUGAUGUUGACUCGAAGCACACUGAAACAAACAGAUAAAGAAGUUGUCGGGUUUUUCCCCUUCAUUCGUCUCUGUUGUGCCGACAAGAAUCGAUACGACGACCUUUGAACACUUUGCCAGAUCCAAGAGAGUCGUUGAUAAUGAUAUUUGCAACAGUUAAGAUACAUUGUUAUAUUUCGCACAAUUUACUGGAAUUCUAUGGGUUAGCGUGCAGACGCUGUAAUAUCCUAAAAUAUUCACCCCCAUUGCGUUCACUAGGACAGCGCUGUGAAGUCCUCGACAACAAAAAUAUAUAAUUUAUAGUACUUUUGGGUCAAUUAUGUCCCUAAGAGAAAAAGCUUCUUUACAUUAGCUUACUGAUAAUGAGUUUAUGCCCUUGCACUUUUAGCCGUUUUACUGGUAUGCAUACGUUUCUUUAUUUGUACGUAGGGCUGGGGUUUGUUUGUUUUGUUUUGUUUAUAUUUGGGUUUUUUUGUUGGUGGUUUUGUUUGUUUUUGUUUUUGUUUUGUUUUUAUGGUUACUUUGGGUUUUUUCUGAAAAGAGGGAGGCUGCUUUUUUCGGAUGUUUCUUGUUUUUCUUUACUUCGAGUAUGUGUUUAUCUACAUUUUUUCUACCUAUUCUUUUGCUUGUACCAAGAGAAUAGAAAAGAGUUGGGAGAUAGGGAAGGGUUUUCAGUGUCUUAACAGCACUAUGGUAUGAGCACUCUGUCUCAUAAACCAGACAUGCAGAAGAAUGACUGAAGACAGUCUCAGGUCCACGUAUCCUUUUAUGUAUAAGUAAUUGCUAAUGAAAAAAUAUCAAAAAUCUAAUUAGCGUGGCAAAACGAAACCCUAUCCAAAGGUACGGACCUGAACCUCAUAGGAUACACCAGUUAUGUCUGCACGUGCACUGGAUGCCUCGGUGUAGUCACUUACCUGCGAAAUGAUAUUCAGGGAGAUGUCGUACACUUAUUAUCUGCCCAACCGACAGAUAUCCAGAAUGCAGCCAUAUGGCACACCGGUAGGAAGUGCACACUUUACAAAAUCCACAAUCACAAAUAGCUAAAACACAUUACAACAAAAACAUAUCAAAAUACAUUUGCAUUUUCAACAGCUUUCACAAUUUGCAGUAACAAUGUACACUGUAUUAACCACCAUGAUCUUAAUGUUCAUUCCCGCUCUCUUUCUUCUCAUCUGCUUUGGUUACUUUCUUGCCACGAAAAUUAAAUGAAUUUAAACUUUAGAAAGAACAUAUCACUACCAAAGAAAGUCGGAGUUUUACACCAUUAAAAAAAAUAAUUAAUUAAACCUUGCUGCUUCUGCAAGACCCCCAGUAUUCGGUGUGAAAGAGGCAGGGGCCCUGUUCCACGUUAUUGGAAAAAGAGAUUAAUUAAGUUGAAAUGUUUAUUAUUCAAUAUUGGCGAGCCAGAGCAGUCUAUGCUAACCUACCGUAGUGCAUAAUGAUUUUGGAACGCAACCAACGAGAGCUUAUCAUUUUGACUCGCUUGUAUUGCUGGGCUACUUUUUAAAGAGGAAUAUAUUCCUUCGAACACAUCAUUUGCUAUACCUCAUUUUGGUGUUUGAAGUUUCACAUAUUUUGAAAAUUGAAAAAAAAAAGAAGUCACGGAGAAAUUUGGACAAUUCUGGUGUGUUAUUUUAUUUUGUAUUAUCUAUUUGAAAUCCUCUAAAACUGGUGAGCUAAGAGAUUUUUAUUCGUAAUGAUUUAUCUUAAUGUACUUUCUUUUAAGAGAGGGGUGGUCUCCGAAAUUACUCGUCAUACAAAUAAUUGAUUCGAAAGUGUUCCUCUUAUUCAAGCGACACUGUAUGUCGGGCUGGAAUGGAUAUUUCUGAGAAACACUUGUUUUCCACGUUGACUGAUUUUGAUUGUUUGUUUGGGUGGGAUGUGGGGGUUGCGAGGAAAAAAGAGGGAAAGGGAGGGGGAUGCUUUCAUAGAAAUUGUAGUCAUUCGAUCACAUUAUGGAAAUCACCACGUCUUUUUGCAAAUACUCAUUACGACGAUCAUUUAUUCAUAGAAAAAAUGUCUUUUCAUUUUUUUAAAGCUCUGCUGCCAAAUCAGAACUGUUUAUCGAUUAACAUUUUGAACUACUAUUUUCUACUUGGACUAAUGCACUGGGCUAUCUCAUGUCUUGUUUCCCAUUCUCUGUUGUGCCCACGAGCUCUUCUGUUGAAACGAAAACGCUUUUACAGUACUUUUUUUCACUCUAAUUUUACGAUGCCUUUAAAGUUCUCACCAAAUAACUUUUUGUUCGCCUUUACGAAGGCCGUCGGGGCUGUUAUAACUAGACGACUGAAUCAUCCUUAAAAUUUAAUGUUUUCCUGUUUUCUCUAACCCUAUUGUAACCAGCACUUGUCCUGUGGUGUAAUGGUUAGGCUCUUUGCCAGUGCACGCAAUAGAGAAAGGAUCAACUCCCGAGGUGAUGGAUCGUCAAGUAUCCCUGUCUUUCUUUUUGGGAUACAGUAUCUCUCUCAGAACCUGGUAGCCCGCACUGCAGGAUCGAAGAAACCCAUCUUCUACAAGAUUCUUAUUCUCUGGCGCUGAGGGCUGUUUACGACCAACCAUGCCAGUUCUAAGGAAUGCAAUAAAAUUAUUUUGUUUUGUUUUGUUUUGUUCUUGUUUUGCUUUGCUUGCUUUAAUUUGCAUUGUUUUGCUUUGUUCUGUUUUUCUUCCAAAGUGUAAAGUACUGUUUUCAAACAGUUACAGGCUGACACUACUUCAUAAAACCCCCACUGGUCCUCCUGUUUAUCCCAAAUGACCGUGCCAGCCUCCUUCCUCGCGGAAUACAACGUAACACCCUAAACUGGGCUAACCUUGGCCAUUUAUCUACUCUAUUUCUACUGAUAGCCUAGUGCCAGUUUGCUGGUGGAUGAAAGGGAGAAAAUAGCAUGAUAUUGCACGUCAUAUCCCACAGAGCAAGGAACCGACCUCACAGUUUCUGUCAUUAUUUCUUAUUCAACCCAAAACAAGCCGGUAAAGAAAAUGCAGCACCUCGUUUUUCUCACUAGAUUUUAUUAGUGGUUAGCUUGACUACAAUAUAAAAAAAAUAUUAUUGACAUUAAAAUGUAACCUU